AUGGCUACGCUUCUUCUUAUCACUCUCCUCUCUCUUACCACUAUAACAUUAUCUCUUGCUGAGAAUAUAAGCAUUGACUGUGGAGCUUUAAGUUCUUACGUGGACUCCGACAAGGUAACAUGGCUCGGAGACAAAGGCUUCGUCACGACCGGUGAGUCUUUUCAGAUUCCGGGUAACCUUACAGAACCUGUCAACAACCUCAGAUACUUCUCUUCCGGUCAAACCAACUGCUACAGAAACAUCCCGGCGACAAAAGGAGGGAAAACUCUCGUGAGAACGCUGUUUUACUACGGGAACUACGACAAGAAGUCCUCACCACCGUCUUUCAACGUUGUUUACGAUGGGAAACACCUUGACAGUGUUGUUACUGAUUCACUGUUUAUCUCAGAGGUGAUCUUUGCUCCGGCGAGUGACAAUAUCAGCGUUUGUUUAGUCCGUACGUCGCCUUCAGAUGAUCCUUUCAUAUCUUCCAUUGAAGUUCAUAACUUGGACGAUGGGAUGUAUGAAGAUCUUGGUCCUGACGAAGGCCUCGUUCUUCGACAAAGAUUUGCUUAUGGUGCCAAAGAGCUUAUAGGCUACCCUUUAGACCCGUACGGUAGGCUAUGGUUCCAGUCAAGUUCCAACAACGACCCAACAAUCAGUGAAUUAACGACCUCAGCCCCAUCUAUCGACAUUUCUGGCGCGUCCAACAAGCCGCCCGAGAUUGUAAUGUCAACGGCUUUGUCAGCAGACACCUUAAUUCUAUCAGACAAGACCCUACCCGUAGCUGGCAUACCGGUUUACUUAGCUCUAUACUUCUCGGAGCCUCAGAGUCUAGCUCUGACUCAAACACGGUCGUUCAACAUUCUUUUAGAUAAAGAGGAAGUGGGUUCUGGUCCUAUUGUUCCGGUGUUUGGGAAAGUUACUCAAGUUGUCGUAAAAGAUGUGGUGGCCUCGUCAGUGUCCCAAGUGAUCCUUCAGUCUACCGAUGACUCUACUUUGCCUCCUAUUAUCAAUGCUCUUGAGCUAUAUUCGAUAAGUUACGGCAAAGACGGUGGCGAUAAUGAUGGAGGAGAAAACGGCAGUGGUGGUGGAGGACAAAGCAGUGGUAGCAAUGAUAAUUCAGAAGAUUCUGGAGGAACGGAAACAGGAACAAAAAAUGCAGUGGGAGGUGGGGCAAACAAAGUUAGAAUGAAGAAGAAAAACAAUUUACCACUCAUUCUUGGCCUUACGUUUCCCUCAGUGUUUGUAUCUCUAACGUCAACGUUUGCGGCUAUAUUCUUAAAAAGACGACGUGCACAGGCUAAGGCACAGUCCAACACGCUACCAACCACGUCCACAGGGCCUGGAAAAGUGACGGGGGUAUCACCUUUAGUUGGACAGCAAUUAGCGAGCGAUGCGAUUAGCCACCAAGAGCAUGAUGAUGAGCCAGAUGUGUAUGAUAUUGAGGAGUUGAUUGGCGUAAACGAUUCAUAUGUCGUUCAUCAGGAUGACCAUCAUCAACAUGGACCAGUUUAGUCGUUGACGACCUAAUUAAGAAGAUAAUUUUAAAAUUUUAAAUUAUUUAUCAAUGCCAAAUUGUCGCGUGAAUCUCUCUAUCCCAAAGAAAGAAAGAAAACUAUUGUCAAAA